UGGCGAUCGCUGGUGCGCUGUGUCCCUCGGACACAGUGGAUCACGGAAAGAGCCGAAGAUGUCGGCUCGGUCAUGUGAUCAGCUGUGUCCAAUCACAGCUGAUCACAUAAGUGCCACCUGUCAGUGCUCAUCAGUGCCACGUGCCAGUGCCCCAUCAACGCCACAUAUCAGUGCAUACCAGUGCACAUCAAUGCCACAUAUCAGUGCCCAUCUGAGCUGCCUUUCAGUGUCACCCAUCAGUGCCAGUCAGUGCCACCUAUCAAAGCCAAUCAGUGCCACCUAUCAGUGCUGCCAAUCAGUGCCACCUAUCAGUACCAGUCAGUGUCGCCUAUCAGUGUGCAUCAGUGCCAGUCAGUGCCGCCUAUCAGUGCCAGUCAGUGCCGCCUAUCAGUGCCGCCUAUGUGUCAUGUAUCAGUGCUGCCUUUCAGUGCCCAUCAGU